GCGAGGUACUGGUGGGUGAUGUUCGUGGUGGCGUCGUUCAUCUGAUGGUCAUGGCCUUCGUGCUCGUCCUGUCGCUGUACCAGAGCGUGCGGGAGCGAGAGAUGCCCGAGUUCUACCAGGGAGCCGAGCUGGUGCACCGCCACAUCUGGCUCUCGCAGAAAGGAAAGUACUACGAAUAAUAUUGCGCCUGUCCCUGGGCCGACCCGGAGAAGCUGCGCGCUGCGGCUCACUCCAGGGUCCAGGGACACGUCGCCCCCAUGCCCGGCCUCCGCCCCCUCCAGGGCCCGCGGCCGAGCUUCUCCAGGAGUCGGGUUCCUCCGCCGACGAUCACCCUCGGGAGCAAGAGCCAGUCCUUGGGCGACCUCCUGGAUGCGCGCCCUCGCCUGCAGCCGCCCGUGAGUCCGGGGGCGAAGAGCCACUCGUUCCUGGACUCGGAGGGCGGCUUCCACCCCGACUUCCAGGAGCAGAUCUCGCCCGGGUACCGAGGCCACCAGCGGCGGCCGAGCUACACCAGGUUCCAGUACCCCGUCGGGCCGAGGUACAGCAGCGAGCACCUGAGGGACCCGGGACCCAGGAGCCCCUCCAGGAUCCCGAGGCCCGUCACGGCGGCGCCUUCUCGGGGGCAGUACCACCUCCACGACGAGCAGGGACCCAGAAGUCCUUCGAGGAUCCCGGUGCCGAUCCACGCAGGAGGACCUCCCAAGAGCCCGCCCGCCUUCCAGGGCCGGUCGACCCGCUCCAAGUCCCUGGAGGGAUCUCUGGCGCAAGGGUUCUCGGAGGCGGCCGUGCUGCAGGAGGACCCUCCGGGAUUCAGCCUCUCGAGAAGUCCCAAGAUAUCCUGGAUCCUGAACGACCAGGAGGUUCGCGAGGCGCGCUGCUAGGACCUCGGAGCCAGCCAGGGUCAUGCUCGGGGCAGGAACUUCAUCUUUGACGCUGUAGUUGUGACUGAUAGGUCUUGAAUCACAUGUACUCUUGCUUAAAGGUCAGACUUCACCAACUUCGAUACAUUCAUAGGCCUAGAUAACAGAAAGAACGUACACUUUUCCACAGAAUCCUGAAGACAACCUCCGCCAAGAUACAAUCUCCUUUUCUCUCCUAAAAUUUCUACCGAAACACCGAAAAUUAUAUUUUUAGCGCUUCUCUAGGUUGUAAAAUAUAAUUUUACAUGCACGGAAAUGUAUUAUCACGAGUUUUUUUCAGGAUAAUAAGUGAAUAUUUAAUGAGUGCCAUAAAAGGGUUCAACCUACAUGCUGGAAGGGUUAGGAAAAGAGAAAGAAAUAGGGGAAUUCUCUUUUUUCGGUAAACACAGCUUGGUAAUACUUAUUUGUCAGUUAAUAUGGGUAGAGUAGAAUGUCAUACUAUUUGUAUUAAAAGAUUGAUUUUUGUAAAUAAUAUCCAUAUGAAUUCUUCUAAUUACUGCAUCCAGUGAAAUGUAAGUAAUAAAGAUAUGAACCAACA